GCUAUCGGCCAGUUCACAACCGCGUGCUGUCGGCGCUUUCAGCGCAUAACCGGUCGUGUGCCGCGUACCCUACGUGAAUUGUUGAUCGCGAGCGAACUGGGGCUUUAUAAGCUCAAAGCUUGGAAUCUGUUCAAAAACCUCAUUUGCUCAUUUCUCCACGUCUCGUGUGUCUCGUUUACAGUGAUCGUGUAGUGCGACCGUAACUCAUGAUGAAAACCGUUCAAUCGUCAUUAGGGAACUAGUUUCCUGGUUUUCGACAAAGAACACAUAGGAAUAUCUUAAUUCCUCAUUCGAAGUUCGGUCUCCAGGUCAUCAGAGGAGAUUUAAGUUGCUAACAAAUAGCGUUUUCGAGCCGAAAGGGGCGGCAGCGUGUGACAAGAUGAGCUAGCGGCAUGGGGGGCGAGGGGGCGGGCCGCGGCGCCGCGCGCUGGCACGUGGGCGACUCGCCCCCGCGUGCGCCCAUGGGCUUCGCGGCGCCCGCGCACGAUGCGCAGCUCGACCGCGGUCUUGCGCCGGCGCCAGCGCCCGCGCAGUCCGCCGCGGCCGCUGCAGCUGCUCUGCAGCGGGCGCACUCCAGGUCGAUGUCAUCUUUACCACCGGAGCCCUUUAUGAUGCUUAGAGCGAAAGCUCUAAGCAAGCGCGUUAUAAUCAACGUUGGCGGUGUUCGCCAUGAGGUGCUAUGGCGGACGCUUGAACGGCUGCCUCAUACACGACUUGGUCGGCUGCGAGAUUGCAACACACAUGAAGCUAUUACAGAACUGUGCGACGAUUACUCGUUACAGGAUAAUGAAUAUUUUUUUGAUAGGCAUCCGAAAAGUUUUAGUUCCAUUUUAAACUUUUAUCGGACUGGGAAGUUACACUUGGUAGAUGAGAUGUGCGUGUUGGCAUUCAGUGAUGAUUUAGAGUAUUGGGGUGUAGACGAAUUAUACCUGGAGUCUUGUUGUCAACAUAAAUAUCACCAGCGAAAAGAGCACGUGCACGAAGAAAUGCGAAAAGAAGCUGAAAGCUUACGACAGCGAGAAGAAGAAGAGUUUGGGCAAGGUACAUGUGCCCAGUAUCAGAAAUGGCUGUGGGAUUUGCUCGAGAAACCCACUACGAGCAUCGCCGCUAGGGUGAUCGCAGUUAUUUCGAUCCUCUUCAUCGUGCUGUCCACAAUAGGGCUCACUCUCAACACCAUUCCUCAAAUGCAAGUGUACGACGAGAAGGGCACACCCAUGGACAACCCACAGCUGGCCAUGGUCGAAGCCGUAUGCAUCACGUGGUUCACGCUUGAGUACGUGCUGCGAUUUAGUGCUUCGCCGGACAAAUGGAAGUUCUUCAAAGGUGGACUGAACGUUAUCGAUUUGUUGGCUAUAUUGCCUUAUUUCGUGUCUCUCUUUCUACUUGAAACUAAUAAAAACGCGACAGACCAGUUUCAAGAUGUACGUCGCGUUGUACAAAUCUUUCGUAUCAUGCGAAUAUUGCGCAUUCUAAAACUAGCUCGACACUCGACCGGGUUACAAUCGCUCGGUUUUACGCUCAGAAAUUCUUACAAAGAGCUAGGACUGCUCAUGUUGUUUCUUGCGAUGGGAGUGCUUAUAUUUUCUUCGCUGGCAUACUUUGCCGAAAAAGAAGAACCGGGGACUAAAUUUAUUUCUAUUCCGGAAACGUUCUGGUGGGCCGGCAUCACCAUGACCACAGUCGGAUACGGUGACAUUUACCCCACGACACCGUUGGGCAAGGUCAUCGGCUCAGUUUGCUGUAUUUGCGGCGUGCUGGUAAUUGCGUUACCCAUCCCCAUUAUUGUCAACAAUUUCGCCGAGUUUUACAAGAAUCAGAUGCGGCGAGAAAAGGCCCUCAAGCGACGUGAGGCGCUCGAGCGCGCUAAGCGGGAGGGGUCCAUUGUCUCCUUCCACCACAUUAACUUGCGGGACGCGUUCGCCAAAAGCAUGGAUCUCAUCGACGUCAUUGUGGACACAGGACACAACCUGUCACAAGCGGACGCGACUAGUCUGGAGGGCGAAGCUCCGGCCACCACUGGCUGCUACAAACAAUAUGAACACGGUCUUGGCAAUAGGAUACCGCAAACUGCUGAUAAUAUUCAGUUUCAGAGCAGUCCUAAAAAGGAACGUCGCUUCUCAAGCGAAGGCUUGGGCACGCCGGAGAAAUGCUUGCUCAUUAAUCCUGACCCGACACCAGAAAAGAAGAUGGCUGAAAAACAGCUUGACUUGGAUCAGCUGCCUUCUGAAUUUGAAUGUUGUUUUUGCACGUUCAAGGGUUACAAAGAAUUCAUAGACGCCGAACAACUGAUGCCAAUGCCGACGUCGGACCUGCGACAACCGGUGUGUGUGGAGCUGGCGUGCCUGCAGCGGCACCCGGCGCCGCGCGCGCUGCCCGAGGCGACGCCUAACAGUCUUGACAGCCCCGAUACAUUUGCAUCAUGCCUUACGCACCCUUUUCCUUCAGAGGGCGACAUCACGUGCGAGAACGACUCGUCAAACUUGUAUGUGAAUCCGUUGGACGGUAGCGGCGGUGGCGGCACGGGUGAGGGCGGGGGCGGGGUGACAGCGGAAUUUAACGGUGUUCGAAAAAGCGCCUCAGGAGACGGAAGCGUUUUGUGUGCGAAAGGUUCGCAGGGCGAUGGUUCGCCGCGUGGUUCUCGGGGCAGCUUGUCGGGCGUCGGGGCGGGCGUGGCUGCGUGUGCUAGUGCCGAGCUGGGCAGGCCGCUUGAUGCCUCUCGUACGAGUUUGCCGCAGCCGAUUGACGAUUCGCUCGCUGCCGUCGACGAUGUAAAACCCAAACACAGAAAAGCGCGUUUUCAACAGGAGUGGUCGGAAGAGGAGAAGAGGCCACCGAGAGGAAUAGCAACAAGGAUUAUUAAUCACCAUAUUUUGUUCGGUAAGAACGGUAACAAGCGCGGUUCUGGCGGAUGGCCUCAUGAUAGUGACUCGCGGUCACGCUCCAUUCUCAAAAACAAAGAGUCUCGGGGUACCGACAGCGAACUCCUCCUACAAGAGACCACUUCCCUUGGUGCCAACGGUGACUCGGGUAGUGAGUCUUCGCCUAUUCGUCUCAAAGACUUUAAGGGCCAGAACCAUAAAGGUGUAACGGACAGGAGCAACCUAGUGUCGUAGUUGUAGUCCGCACGCCGCCCACUGACGCCUCGCGAGCCGCCCCUGACGUAGCAGUCGCGCCACGCCCGUAGAUGUAGUUGCGUACUCAAUAAAAUAUACUUUCAUACAUUUAAUACUUAGAAUGCAAUAAUAAAAAACACACAAAAAUAAUUUUAACAUAUCAUUGAGCGAUUGUGACUGCUUGUUGAUAGAUAAUUUUCAUUUUGUAGAGUUUAUUAUAAAUAUUGUAAAAAAAAAUAUUAUAUUACGUAAUGUAAUAAUCGUUCAUUCCAAUCGAAAAGUUGAAAGUACCUAUUUGUUAAGUUUUUUUACGUGCAAUUAUUAAUUGCUAAUUCUAAUUUAAGCGAAUAUAGUUUGUACAGCAUAGUUGA